CUACAACAAGCAACUCGAUCCACUUACCAACACAACCACGUGAGAGACAGCUUCAAUGGAUUUUGACAUUGGUAAGGUAGAGCUCCACUGUGAGAAGAACAACACAGCCCACAACACCAAUGACAUCUCAGUGAACAGACUGAUAGUCAGGAGAGGCCAGUCCUUCCUGGUCACCUUUGACUUCCAUGGCCCCUUCAGGCCCACAACAGACAUGCUGGAGCUGAUGGUGGAGACAGGGCCCCAGCCAUCUGAGGCGUUGGGGACCAGGUCAGUGUUCGGGAUACCUGAGGGCCGUGGGAAGGCUUCCUCCUGGAAGGUUGAGGUUCACCCGGACUCAGUGCUCCUGGAGGGCUCAAUCACUCUGGACAUCACCAGCCCAGCAGAUGCCCCAGUGGGAGAGUACAGCCUGUCUGUAAAGACCAGCGCCAACGCCACAGUGGGCAGAAGCCUGGGCAAGCUCCUUCUGCUGUUUAACCCCUGGUGCCAAGAGGACUGGGUGCAUCUACCUGAAGAGGAGGAGAGGCAGGAGUAUGUGAUGAGAGAACAAGGCCUGGUGUACAAAGGUUCUGACAAAUACAUCAGCUCCCUGGCGUGGGACUUCGGACAGUUUGAAGACGAUAUAGUGGACAUUUGCCUGAAGAUGCUUGACGUGAACCCCAAGUGUCUGAGAGACCCCGCCAAGGACUUCUCUGCUCGUUGCAACCCCAUCUAUGUCAGUAGGGUGGUCAGUGCCAUGAUCAACGCUAAUGAUGACGGAGGUGUCCUGUUGGGGCGGUGGGAUGGUCAAUACAAUGGUGGCGUGUCCCCCUCUCACUGGAACGGCAGUGUGGAGGUACUAAGGAGGUGGCUCAACUAUGGAGGCUAUCCAGUCAAGUAUGGCCAGUGUUGGGUGUUCGCCGCUGUAAUGUGCACAGUACUGAGGUGUUUGGGAAUCCCAUGUCGAGUGGUUACCAACUUCCAGUCAGCCCACGACACCGACAAAAACCUGACAAUUGACGACUUCUUCUCCGACUAUGGAGUCAGACCCAAACAGAGCCAAGACAGUGUAUGGAACUACCAUGUGUGGGUGGAGGCCUGGAUGAGACGGCCCGAUCUCUCAGGAGACUCCUUAUAUGAUGGCUGGCAGGCUGUGGACCCUACCCCCCAGGAGAAAAGCACUGGUGUUUACUGCUGCGGCCCUGCUCCAGUCAAGGCCAUACUGCAGGGUCACAUUGACCUCAAAUACGAUGUGCCCUUUGUCUUCGCCGAAGUCAACGCCGACCGUGUAACCUGGAUGGUGUUCGCUGACGGCUCCAAGAAAAAGAUCUUGACGGACACUGGGUCCGUAGGCCAGAACAUCAGCACAAAGGCAGUGGGCAGCGACAAGAGAGUGGACAUCACGGCCAACUAUAAAUAUGCAGAGGGCACGGAAAAGGAGAGGACUGUGUACAAUAACGCAGCGAACAGAGUCAACAAUCUCGAAGAGAAAGAGAAUUCAAACGGAAUCCUUGACCGCAAACCUUCUGAUGUUUCCAUGAAAAUCGUGGAGCUGACCAAGCCGCUCAGCGGCAAAGACAUCGACCUCAAGCUUGUACUGAACAGCGACGACCGUGAGACUCGGACACUAGUGAUCCAUGUCAACGUUCAGGCCAUGAGAUACACCGGCAUUCCAUCCUCCAAGAUACAGACCGAACUGAAAGAACAGAAGCUCCGUCCCAACCAAGAUCUGAUUAUACCCAUCCACAUCCCCUUCUCUGUGUACGGUGAGAACAUGCGGGAGAGCAACAGCAUCAAGGUUUCGGCUGUGGUCACAGACAAGGACAACAGUGAUGCAGUGUACAUCACAGAGAAAGACAUUGUGCCAGAGAACCCUUCACUCACCAUCAAAGCCAUUGGAUCUGAAUUGCAGUAUAGUGACAUGAUGGCAGAGGUUGUGUUUGAGAACCCUCUAUCCGAGGGUCUAAGAGACUGCUCCAUCACAGUGACUGGCAGUGGCUUGCUGACAGAGACAAUGGAAGCCAGAUUUCCUUUCCUAAAACAAGGGCAACGGCUGCGUGUGAAGAUGCCCUUUACUCCAUACAGACCCGGUCCUAAGAAGCUAGUGGCCAACUUCAACUGUGACCAAUUCAGGAACAUUAAGGCAAGCUGCAAUGUGGACAUCCUACCUGUCACCAGUGCUGUCCCCCCACUGCCGUAGACAGUAAAGCCCUCGUGAGAAUAACUAUAAUAACUCAAAUAAGUUCUGCAAUUUAUACCGUAUUAUCCUGUUAUAUCGUAUAUCAGCCUUUGUUAAAGUAUGGGUCGCGCCCUGACCUGUUAAUGGUGGGUCGCGAUGUGUCAGAGUAAAUGUAUAAUUAUUUAAUAUAUGUCGCGCGUCACUACU